UAAAACUAGUGCUAAAAAAUUAGUUUUAUGGUUUCCAUGUAAAUGUAUAAAUUAUCAUUAUGACAAUUUUCAUUUCGACAUUAACUAUUUACACUUUACAUUUACAAUAAUUCUAUAAAAUAAAAACGAUGGAUGAUUUGGCCAAAUUGGAAUCUGAUGUUAAACCAAAAAAACCGAAGAAAAAGCGCAACAAGUUUUUUCCAAAAUUAUCACGUUCUGAUAGUAUAGAACCGAGUUACACAAACUUGUGGACUCGGCCAUAUAAUGUGAUAUGUCGUCAAAGGUACCGUAAUGCUGGUACAAAACAAAGAGCCCAAUUUAUAAAAGAAAUUGAAGACCACGAAAUUCUUCAAACGCAUGCCUUAGAUGGAGUCAGAAUUCAUAGAGAAUUUUGCAAUGUUAUUUUAUCAGAAGCAGCUCCUGAAAAUAUUAUUAAAAUUUGUGAAAAGGACAGACUAAGAAUUCAUUAUAUUUUAACAAAUGAUAUAACGUAAAUUAGCUACUCAUUAUUAUUUAAAUAAUUCAUUAAAAUAUUUCAGAA